AGUGGUCCUCGAAAGCUUUUUGGCCGCUGGUGUCCGGAGUUUCUCUGCAUUUUAAUUCCGAGAGGUCUCUGAGGUUUUUUUGGUGUCUCUAGGGAGCCCUUGGGUUAGAUCUUUCUCCAGACUCCAGCCUGCCUCUCUCCAGCAGCUCUGCUUGAGUUUACAGAUGUCUACAAAGCUUUAGACUCCCGAGAGAAUAAAGUUUGAGACCUACCAUGACCAUGUCAGCUAAUCGGACCUCUCCCCAGAAAUCCCUGGUCCUGGUUCCAGAGGAACGUGAUAAUUCAUAUGAGGGAUCGGUGUCCUUCAGGGAUGUGGCUGUAGAUUUCAGCAGAGAGGAAUGGCAGCAUCUAGACCUUGCUCAGAGAAACCUAUACCGGGAUGUGAUGCUGGAGACCUACAGUCACCUGCUUUCUGUGGGGUAUGAAGUUCCCCAACCAGAAGUUUUCAUGUUGGAGCAAGGACAGGAGCCAUGGGCAUUGCAGCGUGAUCCACAUGAGAGCUGUCCAGAAGAAUUGUGGCAGAUUGGUGACCAGAUAGAGAGCUAUCAGCAAAGAGAAAACAAAUCUUUAAGAGAUGUUGCUUUCAUCAAGAAAAUUUUGACUACAAAGAAGGAUUAUGAAUAUAAGGACAUUAGAAAAAUAAUUCAUGUGAGCCAAAACAUUCUUUCACCAAAAAGACCCCACCAGUGUGACUCAUUUGGAAAUGCUUUGAAGUAUAAUUUAGAUUUACACAGUCAUUACAGAAACAGUGCAUCAAAGAACAUAAAUAAGAUUACCGAAAAUAUUAAAAUUUCUUCCUAUACUGACCCUGAGUGUUCUCCAACAGGAGAGAAGUUAUGGGACCAUAAUCAAUGUGGGAAAAUCCUCAGCUAUAAACAAGCACCCUCUCAACGUCAGAAAAUUCAUACUGGGGAAAAAUCUUAUGAAUAUGCUGAAUUUGGAAAGAUCUUCACCCAGAAGUCACAGCUCAGGGUACAUCUGAAAGUUCAUACAGGAGAAAAACUCUAUGUGUGCAUUGACUGUGGCAAGGCUUUUGUAAAGAAGCCAGAAUUCAUUACACAUCAGAGAACCCAUACUAGAGAGAAGCCCUAUAAGUGCAGUGAAUGUGGAAAAGCUUUUUUCCAAGUAUCUUCUCUCUUAAGGCACCAGAGAAUUCACACUGGAGAAAAACUUUAUGAAUGCAGUGAGUGUGGAAAAGGAUUCUCUUAUAACUCCGAUCUCAGUAUACAUCAAAAAAUUCAUACUGGAGAGAGACACCAUGAAUGCACGGAUUGUGGCAAAGCAUUUACGCAAAAGUCCACACUCAAGAUGCAUCAGAAGAUUCAUACAGGUGAGCGAUCCUAUAUAUGUAUUGAAUGUGGACAGGCCUUCAUCCAGAAGACACACUUGAUUGCACACCGAAGAAUUCAUACUGGAGAAAAACCAUAUGAAUGCAGUAACUGUGGGAAGUCCUUCAUUUCUAAGUCACAACUCCAGGUACAUCAACGAAUUCACACAAAAAUGAAACCCUUUAUAUAUACUGAAUAUGGAAAGAUGUUCAACAAUAGUUCCAACCUCGUCACACACAAGAAAGUUCAAAUUAGAGAGAAAUCUUCCAUAUGUAAUGAAUGUGGUAAGGCCUUUACAUACAGGUCAGAACUGAUUAUACACCAGAGAAUUCACACUGGGGAAAAACCUUAUGAAUGCAGUGAAUGUGGAAAAGCCUUUACUCAGAAGUCAGCACUCACGGUGCAUCAGAGAAUCCAUACAGGAGAAAAAUCUUAUGUGUGCAUGAAAUGUGGACUAGCCUUCAUCCAGAAGGCUCACUUGAUUGCACAUCAAAUAAUUCACACAGGAGAGAAACCUUAUAAAUGUGGCCACUGCGGGAAAUCCUUUACUUCCAAGUCACAACUCCAUGUACAUAAACGAAUUCACACAGGAGAAAAACCUUAUACAUGCACUAAAUGUGGGAAGGCAUUCACCAACAGGUCAAAUCUUAUUACACAUCAGAAAACUCAUACAGGAGAGAAAUCCUAUAUAUGUCCUAAAUGUGGAAAGGCCUUCACACAAAGGUCAGACUUGAUUACACAUCAGAGAAUUCAUACUGGAGAGAAGCCUUAUGAAUGUGGUACCUGUGGAAAAGCCUUCACUCAAAAGUCACACCUCAACAUACACCAGAAAAUUCAUACUGGAGAAAGACAGUAUGAAUGCCAUGAAUGUGGGAAAGCUUUCAACCAGAAGUCAAUACUCAUUGUGCAUCAGAAAAUUCAUACAGGAGAGAAACCUUAUGUAUGUAGUGAGUGUGGAAGAGCUUUCAUCCGGAAAUCAAACUUCAUUACUCAUCAGAGAAUUCAUACUGGAGAGAAACCUUAUGAAUGCAAUGAUUGUGGGAAAUCCUUCACCUCCAAGUCUCAGCUCCUGGUGCAUCAACCAAUUCACACAGGAGAAAAACCGUAUGUGUGUGCUGUGUGUGGGAAAGCCUUUAGUGGCAGGUCAAAUCUCAGUAAACACCAGAAAACUCAUACUGGAGAAAAGCCCUACAUCUGUUCUGAAUGUGGGAAGACCUUUAGACAGAAGUCAGAAUUGAUUAUACAUCACAGAAUUCACACUGGAGAGAAACCUUAUGAAUGCAAUGACUGUGGCAAAUCUUUCACUAAGAAAUCACAACUCCAAGUGCAUCAGCGAAUUCAUACAGGGGAAAAGCCUUAUGUGUGUGCUGAGUGUGGAAAGGCUUUCACAGAUAGGUCAAAUUUGAAUAAACACCAGACAACGCACACUGGAGACAAACCCUAUAAGUGUGUAGUCUGUGGAAAAGGCUUCGUCCAGAAAUCUGUGCUCAGUGUCCAUCAGAGUAUUCACACUUGAGAGGAACGUAUGAGAAAACCUCAGUGAGAUCAGGUCUGACUGUACAUCAUUGAAUUUGUUCAGAAAAAUACGCAUAUUAUCAUAAGUAGAAAUACCCCAUCAAAACGUCACACAUUACUGUAUCGAAGAGGGCCCUGAAUGAAGGGGGGUCCUUCACACAUUGUCACAUCUUCAUUAAGCCUUGAGGCAUUCAUACAGGAAGAAAAGUAAUUUUGUCAAUUUGGCAGAUUAGAAGAAGGCUUCUCCUGAAAAAUAUGAUGGAACAGGGCACCUGGGUGGUUCAGUUGUUUGAGCAU